UUUGCUGUAACUUCUGCCACGACUGUUUUUCUCCUCAGAGCUAUCGCGAUGCGGGUUCUUUCACUAGAACAUUUCAAGCGAGGGAUCGUUUCCAACGAAAUUUUUCAUUGCGGAUUGAUGUUCAUCGGAAUCGUAAUACUACAAGCUUGGCCGAAUGAAGGCACCUCGCAGAGCAAGACAUCACAAUCAAAUACAACGGCAUUGUAUCAGUAUGAACCAGUAGGUUGUUUCAAAGAUAAAAGAAAUCGACGCGUUCUGCCAGUAGAAGUCAAAACGUUCUCUGACAUGAUCAACGAAUCAGAUUUGGCCAGUUCAUACGCAGCCAUAAUUCACGCGUGUGCUACCGAAGUGUACAAGAACGAUUUCUGGUAUUUUGGCGUGGAAUAUCGCCACCAGUGCUGGAGUGGGGUGAACGGUGCCAUGACGUACAACCGACAUGGCCGAUCCGACAAUUGUUUAUCGAAUUAUGGCGUGGGAGCUACAUGGACCAUAUUUGUUUACCGCUUUGUUGAAGUGAAUGGCAGUUGGAGCCAGUGGUCGCCAUGGCAACCAUGCAGCGUGACGUGUGGAGGGGGAAACAGGACACGUGCCCGCACUUGCUCUAAUCCAGCGCCAAAAUGGAACGGUAUGGAUUGCCCAGGUACAAAUAUCUCCACAGAGAGCUGCAAUUUGCACAAAUGUAAAGGUAGGUCACUGAAACUCUAAACGUCAACAGUUUAUACACUUUUA